GCCAUGUCGCGCCCACGCCCCCAGGGCACCUCGCAGCCGCCCUCGAAGCGGGCCAAGCUGUCCCAGGAGCCUCCCAAGGCCGGCCUCGAGGGCCUCGUCAACGGCACGCACGGCAAGAAGCCCCAAUUUUCCGCAAAGACGAACGGCGUGCACAGCACACGGCAGGACCGGGCUGAUGAGUCGAGGACCGUCAUGGCAGUUGGCGACAGCAGCCGCCAGGGGUUCGUCGCCGUGGAAGAUGUGGCCGGAGAAGAGAUCGUAAUGAUUAGCAGCGGCGAGGAGGACAGCGACGAUGACAGCUCCGACAGCGACAAGGAGGAGGAGCAAAAUGACGCUGGAGCUGGAGCACAAGUGGAAGAUGAUGCGGAUGCGCCUGCGACAAUCCAGCUUGAGAACGGCGGCGUCGACUCUGCCACCGAGCCCACCUUUGGAGAGCUCCUCCGAGCACACGCGCCAGACGUGAUUGACGUCCAGGCCUCUUACAUCGAUCCCCACGCCGACUUCAGCGCCGUCACCGCCUUACCCGCCGAACGACGCCUCUCUGUUCCCACUGGGGCCUCUCUCGGCACCGUCCUCACACAAGCUCUGAAAACUAACGACCGGCAACUGCUCGAAUCAUGCUUCCGCUUCAACGAGCUCGACAGCGUGCGGAACACUGUUGAAAGGCUCCCAUCGAAGCUGGUCGCAACCCUGCUGCAGAAGCUAGCCGAGCGAUUACACAAACGACCCGGGCGCGCCGGUCAUCUCAUGGUGUGGGUACAAUGGGUGAUCAUUGCACACGGCGCAUACCUUGCCGGCCAGCCCAAAGUGGUCAAGCAGCUCACAGAGCUCAACCGCGUGCUCAAACAGCGUGCAAGCGGCUUACAACCACUACUGUCCCUCAAAGGCAGGCUUGACAUGCUAAAAGCUCAGGUUACCCUCAGGGAGGACAUUCAAACCCGAGCCGCAAUGGUAGACGAAGACGACGAACCUGUGAUCUACGUCGAACCAAGAGAGGAGGAAGCUCAAAAACAGCCUAUGACGAGGAAGGACUUGAUCAUUGAAAAUCACGACAACACCAACAGCUCGGGCGAUGAAAUGCCCACAACGAUGAACGACAUCAGCGACUCGGAAGUUGACAGCCAAGACUCUGAGGACUUGGUUGAUGACGAGGCAGAGGAGACGGACGACGACUCUGGCGACGACGUGUCAGGGUCAGAGUCAGAGGUCGAAAGCGACAUGGAGUUGGGCGACGCAGACGACAUAUCAGAGAGCGAAGAGGAGUCGAUGUCAACGGCACGUCCGAAAGUCUUACGUCGAAAUUAA